AGACAGUGGUAUAUAUAUAUACACAGACCUGCUCACAGCGGCCUCCCACAGACUUCAGACCCCCAUAGACAUAUGAAGGGGAUCAGUCAUUGCCUUAUUACUAUUUCUAAUAGGACACUGAGCGGCAGGGACCGGAUCCCCCCUCAGGACAUGCGCAGUAGUACAGCAGGCGCGCGCUGUCCGGCAGAUACCACCUGGUGACGCAGGGACCCGAUCCCCCCCUCAGGACAUGCGCAGUAGUACAGCAGGCUCGCGCUGAUCGGCAGAUACCACCUUGUGACGCAGGGACCCGAUCCCCCUUCAGGACAUGCGCAGUAGUACAGCAGGCUCGCGCUGAUCGGCAGAUACCACCUUGUGACGCAGGGACCCGAUCCCCCUUCAGGACAUGCGCAGUAGUACAGCAGGCUCGCGCUGAUCGGCAGAUACCACCUUGUGACGCAGGGACCCGAUCCCCCUUCAGGACAUGCGCAGUAGUACAGCAGGCUCGCGCUGUCCGGCAGAUACCACCUGGUGACGCAGGGACCGGAUCCCCCCUCAGGUUCCUUCCUGUUAGGACUUUCCUAAAUCGAGACUCAUCAGACCAGGCAACAUUUUUCCAGUCUUCAACAGUCCAAUUUUGGUAAAGACUGGAUAAAAGUCUCCCAAGGUCAUCUAAUUCCAACUUGGCAAUAAUAGAACCUGGCAUAAUCUGGGUGAGAUGUCUGCAAAUUCUGAAUAUGGGAAUGAUUUUGAAAAUAAUGCUAAUCUUUCUGUGCACAAUGAAAUUCAGAAAGCUGAACGGUCAUGUUCUGAAAGAGAGAAAACUUUUAAUGUGCUAUCAAGUGUUGCUGAAAUUCUGAGAAAUGACAAAGGAGAAAAGACAUAUUCAUGUUCAGAAUGUGGAAAGUGUUUUCGUCAAAAUUCACAUCUUCUGAGACAUCAGAAAACUCACACAGCGGAGAGGCCAUUUUCAUGUUUAGAAUGUGGGAAAUGUUUUAUUCGAAAAUCACAUCUUGUUGAACAUCAGAAAACUCAUACAGGAGAGAAGUCAUUUUCAUGUUCGGAAUGUGGGAAGAGGUUUAGGACUCAACAUAGUCUUAAGAUACACCUGGGAACUCAUACUGGGGUGCAGCAAUAUUCAUGUUCAGAAUGUGGGAAAUGUUGUAGUGAUAAAUCAAGUUUUGUGAUACAUCAGAGAAUUCAUACAGGAGAGAAUCCAUAUUCAUGUUCAGAAUGUGGAAAGUGUUUUCGUCAAAAUUCACAUCUUCUGAGACAUCACAAAACUCACACAGCGGAGAAGCCAUUUUCAUGUUUAGAAUGUGGGAAAUGUUUUAUUCGGAAAUCACAUCUUGUUGAACAUCAGAAAACUCACACAGGAGAGAAGCCAUUUUCAUGUUCGGAAUGUGGGAAAUGUUUUAGUAACAAAUCAAUUCUUCAGGUACAUCAGAGAAUUCACACCGGGGUUAAGCCAUUUUUAUGCCCUGAAUGUGGGAAAUAUUUUACUCGGAAAUCAGAACUUGAGAAUCAUCUGAAAAUGCACACAGGGGAGAAGCCAUUUCCAUGUCCUGAAUGUGAAAAGUAUUUUAAUUUGAAAGCACAGCUUGAUAAACAUCUGAGAACUCACACAGGAGAGAAGCCAUAUUCGUGUCCUGAAUGUGAGAAAUGUUUUGGUAAUAAAUCAAAUCUUGUGCAACAUCAGAGAAUUCACACAGGAGAGAAGCCAUAUUUGUGUCCCGAAUGUGGGAAAUGUUUUAGUAACAAAUCAAUUCUUGAGGAACAUCAGAGAAUUCACACCGGGGUUAAGCCAUUUUUAUGCCCUGAAUGUGGGAAAUAUUUUACUCGGAAAUCAGAACUUGAGAAUCAUCUGAAAAUGCACACAGGGGAGAAGCCAUUUCCAUGUCCUGAAUGUGAAAAGUAUUUUAAUUUGAAAGCACAGCUUGAUAAACAUCUGAGAACUCACACAGGAGAGAAGCCAUAUUCGUGUCCUGAAUGUGAGAAAUGUUUUGGUAAUAAAUCAAAUCUUGUGCAACAUCAGAGAAUUCAUACAGGAGAGAAGCCUAUUUAA